UAGCGCGGUUUCCGGCCUACUAAUAAAGUGUACCUAUCAGUACUAUAGUACUAUUAUCGACAAGUAUCAUCGAAAAAAAAAACUAGAUUUAGGUGGCAGCUGGAUAUCUACACUUCAGCAGUCAUGGCUAGACGCGUCGCUGUGGUGACAGGGUCCAAUAAAGGAAUCGGCUUCGCCAUUGUGAGAGCUUUGUGCAAGCAGUUUGAUGGGGACGUCAUUCUCACAGCACGUGAUGAAGGUCGAGGUCAAGCUGCUGUGAAAGCGCUGCAGGGUGAAGGUUUGCAGCCAAAGUUUCAGCCGCUGGACAUCGAUGACCACAACAGUGUGAUACGCUUGAGAGAUUUUCUUCAGCAGACGUACGGCGGGCUGGAUAUUCUAGUCAACAAUGCCGCCAUCUUAUUUCAUGAUGAGAGCCUACCCUAUGGCAAGCGGGCCAAGGAAGUUAUAAAAACGAAUUAUUUUAGUAAUCUAGACGUCUGCAAUGCUUUAUUUCCGAUUCUAAGGCCACAUGCCAGAGUUGUCAAUCUUUCUAGCGUGAUGUCUCAAAUUGGACUGAACGGGUGCUCUGAAGCUCUGAGGGCCAGAUUUACUGAUCCAACUAUUUCGAUAGAAGAGCUAUCAAGCUUGAUGCAAAGAUUUGUUGAUUUGUCUCAAAACGGGAAACAAGAUGAAGCUGGUUACUUCAGCUCUUACCAUGGGUACGCCAUGUCCAAAAUUGGCGUGACUGUCAUGUCAAUGAUACAACAGAGAGAGCUGGACAAAUCCGGAGCAGACGAUAUCGUUGUCAACGCUUGUUGCCCAGGUUACGUAGAUACUGAUAUGAGCGAACAUAAAGGAUUCCUAACCAUUGACCAAGGAGCUGAAGGUCCAAUUUAUUGCGCACUUCUGCCACCAAAUGUUAGCUCUCCCAGAGGAAAAUUUAUUAGCCAAAAGAAUAUAGUUGAAUGGAAGAUGUAACUUUGUUUUAAUAUUUUCAAAACUUGAGCUAUAUAUAGCUACUUGGUGAUAUUGCAAGAAUCUAUUUGCUAAAGGAAAAGACAAAAAUUGUGCUCCCUUUAACAUUGUCCGCUCAGGAAUCAUUUUCUUUUUUUUUCUUUUUAUUUUUCUUUAUAUCAGUAACAGUUUAUAAUUCAAAUAGGACUGUUUCUUUUUUUUUUUUAAUAUAUCUAUGAAGAACAAUUUAUUUAUUUAAUAAAUAUAUUUAAGAUC